UGGGCCAGGUCUGUCAGGUGCUGUACAGAUACGGCGCGGAUGCAGUGGCCUUGGGAGCUAAUGGUGGAGACUGCUGCGUGUCUCACUGCUGCUUGUUCUCCCGAAUUGGCAAUUCCAUGCUAGUUUCCAUUGUUGGAAUGGCAUUGUACACGGGCUAUGUGUUCAUGCCUCAGCACAUCAUGGCAAUAUUGCACUACUUCGAAAUUGUGCAGUGA